AUGUUUCCCCUAAAACAACCAUCGGGUGCUCAAAAUAGAAAACGAAAAAGAAAAGAACAAGAAGAGGCUAAUCAAUUAAGAGGGUCUUUGAAUAAAUAUUUUGUUAGAAAUCAAAAUUCCAAUGAUCCGGUUAAUAAUUUUAAUGUUCCACCUAGUACUUCCAAUGAUUCGGUUGAUAUUUCCAAUGAUUUUGAAAAAAAUGAUUUUUUUGAUAAAGAUAAACCAAGUGAUUUUAAUAUUUUUGAUCCUAGAGUAUGGGAUGAUUUAGAUUCAAAAAUGAAAGAUUUACUAAUAGAAAAAGGGCCAAAUAGAGAAGUUGAUACCAACACAAUUUUUCCAAAAGAUUCACUUGGUAGACAUUUUUCAUUUGAUUUUUUCAUUCGGAAAUUAAGAAAUGGUGAUUCUUUUGAUAGAAAAUGGUUAGUGUAUUCAAAAGAACUUGAUAAAGUUUUUUGUUUUUGUUGUAAGUUGUUUAAAACUAUUCGAACUAAAAGUAGUUUGGCAACCGAAGGAAUUAAAGAUUGGAAGCAUCUUAGUGAAACAUUAAAACAACAUGAAAAUAGUUCCGAUCAUAUGGAUAAUUUAAGAACAUGGAAUGAAACGCGAAUUAGGUUAAAUAAAAACGAAACAAUUGACAAAGAAAUUCAAGAAAUGAUAAAAAAAGAUACCGAACAUUGGAAAGAAGUUAUGGUUAGAAUUAUUUCUGUUGUAAAAUGUUUAGCAAAAAAAUAA